GCUAGGCCCAGGAUAAUGGAGUCCAAAGAGGAACAAGUGGCAAAAGAUCUCAACAUGGAAAAUACCAACGCGGGGCAUGAGAAAAAGGAGGAAAAGGAGCACGACCCUAAUAAAGGAGAGCCCUUGGCCCUCCCUUUGGAAGCUGGUGAAAAUUCUUUGCCUAGAGGAAGCCAUAGGCGGUCCCACGCCCGGCAGCCCAUCCAGCAGUAUAGAUGGGCAGUGAUUGAGAAGCUUGGAGAGCCACAGGCGAGGGUGAGAGAGGAGAAUAUGGAAAGGACUGGGGAGGAGGUGAGGCAGCUGAUGGAAAAGCUGAGGGAAAAGCAGUCCAGUCAGAGUCUGCGCGCAGUUAGCACAGAGCCCCCUCGCCAAGACCAUCAUGAUGAGUUUUGCCUUAUGCCUUGAAUCCUGUUGUUUCGCCUGAA